UUUGCAGAGAAUAUGGUCAUAUCCUGAUUUGUUUGUGACAUGAUUACUGCUUACUGCCUGAUAAAUAGACAUAAAUGUGUCAAUAUGAAUGAGUGUGGCUGAAGGUGAACAAUGAAGACAGCAUGGUCUGCCCAUGUUAUUGUGUGGCAGAUCUUUAUCAUCUGGAAGUCAUUGGCAGAAGAACUUUUUGGAUUUCGUCAGUAUGGCCAGCACAACAUUCAGAAGCAGACCAUCUUUUCAAAAUUUACUACACAGACUACAUAUGCAAGUAAUGGCCAAAAAAAUGGAUCUAUAAACCAUGAUUAUGGGAUAGAACUUCAUGGAGUGCCUGGAGAUGGGUAUUACCUGUCUCUGUUUGUUGGUACUCCUGCUGAGUCUUUUCAGGUUCUCAUUGACACUGGAAGCAGCAACCUGGCUAUAGCUGGAUAUGAUGCAGCAUUUAUUGAUAAGUGGUUCAAUCCUGACAGCUCAAGGACCUUUGAAUGGCUCAGAAAAGACAUCAGGGUCUUCUACACUCAAGGAGAAUGGGAGGGAAAGCUGGGGAGGGAUGUCAUUUCCAUACCUGGGUUGGAAGCCAUUAGUAUCCCUCCUGUAAAAAGUGACACAGCAGUCAUCUUAUCUUCUACCAAUUUCUUUCUUAAUGGUUCUCAGUGGCAGGGCAUUCUUGGUCUCGGUUAUCAGGCCAUUGCAAAGCCAUCUCCAGAGGUAUCCUCAUGGAUAUCCAAAGUAGAGGAAGCAACUGGUUCUCCCCUGGAUUUCCAACUUCAGCUUUGUGGAUCUGAUCUCAAGCAAGAUAAUCAUCAUGGCUAUUUAUUUGCUGGAGAAGGCAUCCCAUCUCCCAAAGAUCACAAGCAAGUUUACACUGCACCACUUGUGAAGGAAUGGUUUUAUGAAGUGACCAUGACAGAUUUCCUGGUUGGUUCUCACCGAGUCACAGAGGAUUGUCGGCAGUUGAACCAUGACAAGACCAUUGUCGAUUCAGGAACCACUAACCUUCGACUUCCCCCUAAUUCAUACUUGAGGAAAGACAAUCAGAAAGAGAAAUCAGACUCUGAGGUAUGCUUCAGGUUUGGGGUUGAGGCUUCUACAGUUGGCACAGUUUUAGGAGUAGUUGCCCUGGAAGGCUUGAGAGUGACAUUCAAGCGGAGUGCAAAAGCAAUGGAAUUCAUGGAGGGUGACUGUGGUCCCAGUGUCAUUCUCUCUGGUCCCUACAAUAAUCCUGUGAAAGCAGAGGAUGGGAGAGGUGAAGCAAUGGCAACUCAAUUGAAAACUGCUUCUCACAGCUCCUAUGUUGCAAUUAUAAAAGAGAAUGAGUUCCAACUUCUCAAUUUUGCCUCUAUGGUUCCAAGAAUGUGGCGAGCAGGUGUGGGUCAUGAUGUCAAAGGAAAUUCCACAAAUGGAACAAAAUCUGGAAAUGCAGAAAAUGAUGACUGGGAAACAGAUCCAGAUUAUGUUAAUGAUGUGACAGAGGAAGAGCAGCGAUGGGGUCCGAAAGGUGUUGGUCGCUCGGUUGGAGCCAUCGACAUGAAGCAGUUCAGAGAAGAGAUCCAGAAGGAUGACGCUGAGUUAAAGCGUAAACAGAUGGAAGCUGGUCCUCAGGCCUCCUUUGGCUAUGGAGGAAAAUUUGGUGUCGAGACAGACAGAAUGGAUAAGUGUGCCAAAGGACAUGACCACAUUGAGAAGUUGGAGAAGCAUGCCUCUCAAAAGGACUACAGCACUGGAUUUGGUGGGAAAUAUGGAGUUCAAGCUGACCGUGUUGACAAAUGUGCUGUUGGUUGGGACCAUUUGGAGAAGGUGGAGAAGCAUGCUUCCCAGAAAGACUAUUCAAGUGGAUUUGGUGGGAAGUUUGGAGUUCAAAAAGACCGCCAGGACAAGUCAGCAGUUGGUUGGGAUCAUGUUGAAAAAUUGGAGAAGCAUGAAUCCCAAAAAGACUACUCAGUUGGUUUUGGAGGUCGAUAUGGGUUGCAGACUGAUCGUCAGGACCCAUCAGCUGUUGGGUGGGAUUACAAUGAAAAGGUGGAUAAACAUGAAUCCCAGAAAGAUAGUACUUACAAGGCCUCAGCAUCUGAUGAAAUUAUGAAAUAUGUUGAAGAUUACACAAAAGGCUUUGGAGGGAAAUAUGGAGUUCAGAGUGACAGGCAAGAUAAAUCAGCAGUUGGCUGGGAUUAUCAUGAGAGGGCCCCCCGACACACAAGCACAACUGACUAUGCUAAGGGAUUUGGAGGAAAAUAUGGUUUAGAGCAGGAUCGUGUUGACACAUCAGCUCAUGGUUUUGAUGAACCUGAGAAAAUUGGCACUGCAUACAAAAAAACUGUCCCUGAAAUAGGAGGGGCACGUGCAUCAAGUUUGAAAGCUAAAUUUGAGAACCUGUCCCGCCAAAAUGAGGAAGAAAGCAAGAAAACAUUGGAAGAUGAACAGCGGAGACGAGCCUCUCGGGAUCAGACUGAACAAGAGGAGGCUCGACGAUCAGAAGAGGAGAGGAAGAGGAAGAUGAAGGAGCUGGAAGCUGCAGCUCAUAGUCAGCAAGCAACAAUGCGCCACAGACUUGAGGAGCAGCAAGAAGCUCAAAGGCAAUCUCUGGAAGAGGAGAGAUUGCAUAAGGAAGAAGAGGAGAGAGAGAGGGCAGAGCAAAGGAGGAUGCAAGAACAGUGGCAGCAAAGAGAAGAAGAAAAGAAGAGAGAGGAGGAGCAGUUAAAGUGGGAGUUGGAGAAACAGAAGAGGGAGAUGGAGAAACAGGAGAGGGAGAUGGAAGAAGAGAGACAUCGCCUGGAAGAGGAGAGAAUUCGUCAUGAGGAGGAAGAGAGAUUGAGGGAAGAGUUGAGAAGACAACAAGAGGAAGAGGAAGAAGAGAGGAAGAACCAUAAUCAGGCUGUGGGGACUUACAAUGAAGCUGAAGAGCUUGCUGACACUGGCAUUACUGCCAUUGCCCUCUAUGACUAUCAAGCUGCUGAUGAAGAUGAGCUUUCAUUUGAUCCUGAUGAUAUCAUCACAAACAUUCAAAUGAUUGACGAAGGAUGGUGGCAAGGAAUGUGCAGGGGUCACGUUGGGCUCUUCCCAGCCAACUACGUCCAGCUUCAGAAAUAAAAGUCACUCCCUUAUUGGCUCCUUUCGUGUCCAAUCAUGGACCUUCUCCAAUCAUGUCUUCUCCUUUUUUGUAUCCUGUGAUGAUGUUCUAAGACUAGUGAUUGAAUCAAAUAUUUACAGUUAUCCAUGCAGUUUGAAGACCGCCACCGAUGUGCCUAUGAGAAAACGACUGUGAAAAGUUGCUGUACCAAGGAAGAUGUUUUGAAGGAGAGAUGUUUUUGACUUGUUUUCCUUUAUCAUGGUUUGCAAUAUUCAUGUUUCCACAUUCCUCCUUAUUGAUUAUCAAUGCCCUUGGCAUGCUUCAUUUGUGUUUGAUCUGCCCUUCCAUCCCAGACAUGAUGAUCUCAUUUAUCCCAGCCUUGAGCAGAAUUCAAUUGUAACUACUUCAGUUGAAUUCACGUGAGCUCAUUUUGUCCCACUGUAACGUAAGGAUGAAGGAUUCAAAAUAAUGGUCUCAUCAGCGUAAUUAUUCUCUACUUGAAAAGACUGGUCCUCCAAUCGGCCUAUAUACUUUUGAAGCAAAUCUUUUAUAUAUUCAUUUUUUAUUAUUGAAGGAAGGCUUUUUAGUCACCAGAAGAGGGUCACACGCAGAACUUUUUCUUUCGUCGCUUGAGAGCUUCCGUGCAAUCUGUUGCUCUUCCCCCAAUGCCUGUUAAAGUACCUGUGUUGUGUCUGCUCGCGAAAUUUUUGUUAUUAAUUUUCUUUACUCGUAUUAUUUCUUUUUCUCAUUAAAUGUGUAUGAAGUGCUACAUUGGUAUUUAACACGAA